UUACGUACAACAGUGCGUUUUGACAAGACAACAACAACGUACAAGUAACAAAUUAACCCCUCUCUCCCUUAACUUGGAUGAGGAGGAACAAAGAUAAACUUAGCCAAAUCAAAACCUUCUUUGCCUUUUCUUCCACCGUCUCUUCCUCCAAGGGUAAAUUCGUAAUGUUAGUUUUCAUCAACAACCUCUAUUAAUUUCUUCCAAGCGAAAAUUAUAUUAUCUUCCAGAAACAUUAAAACACAAUUCAGGUUUUAAUUUUUGUAAUCCCGUUAAGAAACCGUGGCAUUGAGUUGAAAAGGUGAAGUGAUUGGAAUUGCAUGAACUUGUGCUUCAAGUCUUCAAUUUCAACAAUGGCGUACCCAGGUUCUAUGCAAUUUUCUCGUGACGUUAGGCUCAAAACUAGUAACAAUGGACCCCGUAGUUUUCAGCAUCAUAAUCCCGCACGGGUUGGAAGAUUACAUUUAGUCACCACGAAUCUUUUACCGCGCACUUUGAAGCAAGAUUCUUUGUCACACCAUCUUUUACGCAUAAGGCAUGCACCUUCCAGGUGCAGUGUUUUUGUAUGUCGGUCUGCCAUCCUACCGGGUGGUGGAGGGAGUGGGACUGCACUCAUAAAAUCUGCUAGUGUUCUUUUAACAAGAUAUUUAUGUAGGUCAUAUGAUUCUUUAUUGGGAAGCCCUAUUUUGCUUCGAUUGAUUCCAGCCCUUGGUAUUAUUGCCUUUGCUGUUUAUGGGAUUGAGCCACUACUUCGUCUCAGCAGGAUUCUAUUUUUUCAAAGGACUGACAGCAGUUGGAAGAAAAGUAGUUCGCGAUAUGUCAUGACAUCUUAUUUUCAGCCAUUAUUAUUGUGGACUGGGGCAAUGCUCAUAUGCAGGGCAUUAGAUCCUAUAAUCCUGCCAUCUCAGACUAGUCAGGUCGUUAAGCAACGGCUGCUUAAUUUUGUGAGAUCUUUGUCAACCGUAAUUUCAUUUGCUUACUGUUUAUCAAGCUUAAUUCAACAAGCUCAAAAAUUCUUUCUGGAUGCAAAUGAAUCCAGUGAUGCAAGAAAUAUGGGCCUUGAUUUUGCUGGGAAAGCCAUAUACACUGCUGUUUGGGUUGCUGCUGUGUCAUUAUUCAUGGAGUUGCUAGGUUUCUCCACACAGAAGUGGUUAACUGCUGGUGGUUUGGGCACAGUAUUGCUCACUCUUGCCGGUCGAGAGAUAUUUACGAACUUCCUUUCAAGUAUAAUGAUCCAUACAACUCGGCCAUUUGUAUUGAAUGAGUGGAUUCAAACAAAGAUUGAGGGAUAUGAGGUUUCUGGCACAGUUGAGCAUGUGGGCUGGUGGUCACCAACUAUUAUUAGAGGUGAUGAUCGUGAGGCAGUUCAUAUUCCUAAUCACAAGUUCACUGUCAAUGUUGUGAGAAAUCUGACUCAGAAAUCUCAUUGGCGUAUCAAGAGUUACAUUUCUAUCAGUCACUUGGAUGUUAACAAAAUUAAUAAUAUUGUAGCUGAUAUGCGCAAGGUUUUGGCUAAAAAUCCUCAAGUGGAGCAACAGAAAUUGCACAGAAGGGUCUUUUUGGAAGACAUUAAUCCUGAAAACACAGCUCUAAAGAUAUUGAUAUCAUGCUUUGUGAAAACUUCACAUUUUGAGGAGUACCUUUGUGUUAAGGAGGCAAUCCUUUUGGAUCUUCUCAGAGUUGUCAGUCAUCAUCGAGCCCGGUUAGCCACUCCCAUCCGGACAGUUCAGAAAAUAUACAGUGAGCCUGCCUCGGAAAAUAUACCCUUUGGGGAUUCCAUUUUCACUCGAUCCAGAGCAGCAGUGAAUCGCCCGUUCCUACUAAUAGAACCACCGUAUAAAGUUAAUGGUGAAGAUAAAGCCAAGCCGUCAACUCGUUCAACUCGUGGCAAUGAGGAAAAAGAUGCCAAGGUUGAUGAACCUGUGGCAUCAGACUCCAAAAGUGAUGAGAAUUUUGCAGGAACAUCAACUUCUCCAUCUAGUGUAAACUCCAAGGAUAAGUCCAAGUCAAAGUCUGAUGCCCAAACCCAGAACAUGGGUUCUGAUAGUUCAGUGGAGAAGACCUCCAAAACAAUGCAACCUAAAAAAGAAACUGCAGGAGAUGUAGGAAAAGGAAGCACAAUUCCUGUACCUAAAACCCCUGCGCAUAGUGUUGUAUCUGAAACUUUGCCUGUUAUUACUAACCAUGAGUCUAGCAGGGCAGACACUGCUUCUGCUACUUCUUCACAGUCAAAGCAAGAUGAAGAGAAAUCUUCGGUGCCAUCAUCAGCAGUUAGAACUCCCUUAGAAGAGAAUAUUCUUCUUGGGGUUGCACUUGAAGGCUCAAAAAGAACUCUUCCAAUUGAGGAAGAAAUGAAUCCAUCUCCUAACUCGGCUGAGUCACAAGAGUUUGCUGUCCAACGGAAUGGGAAUGGACCUCCUGCUAACAAAGAUAAGAAGGAUGGUCCAACCUCUUCAUUUCCAAAUGCUAAGCAAAAUGACUAGAUUGGUAGCAAAUAAACGGAGUAAAAGUUGACAUUUUAGUUUAUGCCUUAGGUUGAAGUUCUGCAGAAAAUGAUCCAGCUGUCUUUUUUAAGUUGGAAUUAUAAAGUGUAUCUCUCUUACUGAUUGCGCAUAUAUGUAAAUAAUUUAUUGUAUUAUUGUAUCUCAUUGAGAACCUGUUUCCUACUCCGAGAAUUUGCCGCAAGUGUUGUUUUAAUAAAUUAUAAUAAAGAGAAGGAAAUUACAGUAUUGUAAUCUA